GUCCCGGAGCCGCCGCCAUGGAGGAGGAAGGAGGAGUGACAAUUGAAGUGCGACAAAGAAAGAAACCAAGCUGCUCAGGGAAGGAAGAAACCAGCCUCGGGAAAACCAAAGAUACUCCUGCCUCGGGGAAGUCACCAAGAUAUGUGUUAUUUCAGCGUUUUGCAAAGCUUUUCUUCGGCUGCCUUGCAGCAGUUACUAGUGGUAUGAUGUACGCCUUGUACCUCUCGACGUACCACGAACGGAAAUUCUGGUUUUCCAGCAGGCAGGAGCUUGAACGGGAAAUCACAUUUCAGGGUGACAGUGCCAUUUAUUACUCCUUUUAUAAAGAAAUGUUAAAGGCUCCUUCAUUUGAAAGAGGCGUUUAUGAGCUGACACAUAACAACAAAACAGUAUCACUGAAGACUAUAAAUGCAGUGCAACAGAUGACUUUGUAUCCAGAACUGAUUGCCAGCAUACUGUAUCAAGCAACUGGUAGCGAAGAGGUCAUUGAGCCAGUGUAUUUCUACAUUGGGAUUGUUUUUGGACUGCAGGGAAUUUACGUGACUGCCUUGUUUGUGACGAGUUGGGUGAUGAGUGGAACUUGGCUAGCAGGCAUGCUCACUGUUGCAUGGUUCAUUAUUAACAGGGCAGAUACAACAAGAAUCGAAUACUCCAUUCCUUCAAGAGAAAACUGGGCACUGCCAUAUUUUGCCUGUCAAGUUGCUGCUCUUACCGGCUAUUUGAAAAACAACAUAAAUGCUUCGGCGGAGAGGUUCUGCUACUUGUUGGUGAGCGCUUCGACAUACACUUUCAUGAUGAUGUGGGAAUACAGUCACUAUCUCCUCUUCCUUCAAGCAGUUUCUCUCUUCCUGCUGGACAGCUUUUCCUUGGUACAGGCAGACAAGGUGCAUGAAGUGUACAAAAUCUACUUAUUUUCUCUCUUCCUGGGAUAUCUCUUACAGUUUGAGAAUCCAGCUUUAUUGGUGUCUCCAUUAUUAAGCUUAGUAGCAGCCUUAAUGUUUACUAAAUGCCUGCAGCUGAAUAUGAAAAAAGGAACACUCGUAGCUAAAAUGAUGAAAGUAAUGCAUUUUUACUUGGUGUUUACACUCACAGUGACCCUGAACAUUGUCAUGAAGACUUUUAUUCCAAACAGAGAAAAUGGCCAUGUUUUAAAACUCCUUGAAGUGAAAUUUGGACUCAACAUGACAAAGAAUUUUACCAUGAAUUGGCUUCUCUGUCAGGAGUCCCUCCAAGCCCCAUCUCAGGAGUUUUUUUUGCGGCUCACACAGUCAUCACUAUUACCUUUCUAUAUUUUGGUAUUAACGAUCUGCCUUUUUUCCACAGUGCAGGUUAUUUUUAGGAGAAUCAGUGGUGAGCCCGUGAGAGACGCGGUUACUCUCGAGGACGGGAGAAUUGGAGAACGACCAGAAAUAGUUUAUCAUGUGAUUCACACUCUUUUGCUGGGAUCUCUUGCGAUGGGCUUGGAAGGCAUGAAAUAUCUUUGGACCCCCUAUAUGUGCAUGCUUGCAGCCUUUGGUGUAUGUUCUCCAGAGCUUUGGAUGACACUUUUCAAGUGGCUUCGACUGAAAGCAGUGCACCCGUUAUUGCUGGCUCUCAUUCUGAGCAUGGCAGUGCCCACUAUAAUAGGUUUUAGCUUAUGGAAGGAGUUUUUUCCAAGAAUAAUGACAGAGCUUUCCGAACUGCAGGAGUUCUAUGACCCAGAUACAGUGGAACUCAUGACCUGGAUAAAAAGGCAGGCUCCUGUUGCAGCUGUAUUUGCAGGAAGUCCCCAAUUAAUGGGGGUGAUUAAGUUGUGUACUGGAUGGAUGGUGACAAAUUUGCCUCUUUAUAAUGAUGAAGAUCUUCUGAAGAGAAAUGAAAAUAUUUAUCAGAUCUAUUCAAAGAGGUCUGCUGAAGAUGUUUAUAAAAUACUCACAUCCUACAAAGCCAACUACCUGGUUGUAGAGGAUUCGAUAUGCAAUGAAGUUGGAACCAUGAGAGGUUGUAGGGUUAAAGACUUGUUGGACGUCGCUAAUGGCCACGUGGUUUGCGAAGGAGACAGUUUCGCCUACUCAAAAUAUGGCCGAUUUUGUCAUGAGAUUAAAAUGAACUAUUCUCCAUAUGUGAAUUAUUUCACUCGAGUAUACUGGAACAGAUCCUACUUUGUAUAUAAAAUCAACACUGUGAUAUCCUUCCAAUCCUGAAAAAGAGCAGAGGCUUCUGUUCAAAGACUGAUGUUACAUGAAAGGAAGGGAAUGGUUAUUUUCCUACUUUUUGUGUGUUUUUUGUAGGGGGGGAGCGGGAUUUGUGGUUCAAAGAAUGGACAUUGGAAAUGAUGAGAUAUCUUUUUACUUUAGCUGGACCUGGAGUUCUGUAAACAAGUGCACAUUGAGUUACUGUACUGUAAGGAAAUAUCAAACCUACCAAUUUUCUAUUUUCAGUGAAAUGCCUGUCUUCCAAAUUUUCACUUCAAACUGUGCAAUUUUUUCCUUCUACAAUACAUGUAAAUCUUCAUCGUGGGUUUUCAAGAAAGCAUAAAUUCUUUUCCCUGUUUCAGUAAGGUGAUCAGGAACAGAGUCAUUGGAGAGACAUUUAUAGUCCAACUGUAAAUAGAAUUUCUGUUAAAGGGAAGUGUUAUUUUUUUCUAAUGUUGAAUGCAAUCAAAAUUUCCUGACUGUUAAAAUGUGACAUUUUCUUAAAUACAGGCAUUGCUGCCAGCACGUUGACACGUCAGAAUGUGAUUUGGCUGGAAUUUGAUGGAUAAGUAAGGGACCGUAAUUACAAUAAGGUGGCUCUGAAUUGGUUAUAAUAUGCUGAAGCUCUGCCAGAAAUGCGUGUUAACGUUUAUUUCAAGCAGGACUGCAGGGUGACACAUUAAUACUGCAAAGGAAACCCAUUGCAGCUAGUUAAAAUUCAUCGUUUUCUGGAAACUUUAUGUAGCUACAGUCCGGUUCUCUGUCAGGCACCAAUAAGGAGUAAUUGUAUUUACUAAGAACCUAGUGGAUGCAAAACCCUGUACUGAGCUGGGGGAAAAAAUACUUGCGUAAGAUUUAGACACAGUCCCUGGUCCGCAAGAGGCACCCAGCCUCAGGAUAAGGGGAGAAAUAAUAAUGAUAGUAGUGGUAUAUGUCAAGCGCUUACUAUGUGCCGAGCACUGUACUAAGCACGGAGUAGAUACAAAAUAGGUUGGACAGAGUCCCAAUGUCCGGCUGCUCGAAAUGUACAAUUGCAGGCUUUCCUCAUCUUCCACGACCUUACUGAACUUCACUUGAUAUGAUGGAAACCGGGUAAUGCUUCAUUUUUUUUUUCCAGACAUCCUUGCUCUAACACUUAUAUUCCAUCGAAACCACAGUUGAUUAAAAACACGCUAUUAUGAUAACGCAGGAGUUUUCAAGAACGCCACUAAUGCGUCGUGACUGGGAAACUGCGCUGCUUAGACUUGUACAAUGUGAUAUCAAAUUCCAAACAUGGGUACAAAAUUUAUUUCAGUAUGAUUACCUGUAGUGGAGUUAGUUUUUGUUGCAGCUAUAAAUUUGCCAUUUUAAUCAGUAAAGUGUUUACUCGGUUUACUUGAUUUUAAUAUUUGACAGGAUGCUUGUCAGGUUUUUAAAAAUAAGGUAAAAUAACUGUUUAAUACUCCCUCAAAUUUGAAUGGUUCCUUAGGUAAAGGUUUUUUUGUAACUUUUUUGUUACGGGCUGCUGUUAUAUAGUGGAAUUUUUUUGUUUUAAACCCAUUAAAGAAAUAUUAAAAUCCGAA